GCGCUUUCCCUCCCAAGUACUCCUUCGCAAGCCGAGGAGGAGGAGGCCGAGGGUACCAUCCCCCUACCCUGGGAGGUGUCCCUGGCCUAUCCUUCUUCGAGGAGUUACUUAGACAAAUAUUUGUCUGAUGGUGUAGUUAGGAUAGCUAUGCCGGGAGAGGAAGGCGAAGCUUCUACAUCGGGUCGGCUCGCGUAUCCUAGAUCGACCCCAAAGGCGGUCCGGGAGCAAAAUUUUCACUUCCAUCCUUAAUAAAGGCCUUAAUGGAGGAUGCCCGAGGCCAAGCAGCGAAGUUCCAAAUAAAGGACCCCUACAUACUGGUCCGACCCGAUGCAAGCCAUACCAUCUUGUCUCCGCCGCCCGGGUGCAUGGCGUUUUACUAUAAGGCCAUGGAACUAGGCUUAAGAUUCCCGCUAACCCAAUUCGAGAAAGACAUCCUGAACGCCUACAACCUGUGCUUGGGUCAGCUCUCCCCAAACUCUUGGGGCGGGAUCUUAGCGGUUCAGGUGAUCUGUAACAUCAUCGGUGUCAAGCCGACCCUGACCCUUUGGCGGCAUAUGUAUAAAUUGUUCGAAAUGCCAGCCGGGGACCAUGGUCCGGGCUGGUGGUGUUUUCAGGCUCGGCGGGGCUAUCGUACAGUUCUUGAUCUCCCCACUUCUCAGAAGGGGUUCCGCCGAGGAUUCGCCUUUGUGUACCAUGGUGGGGAAUGGGGCAUCCCCACCGUGCCCCCGUCAUCCGAGCCAAACCACUGUCUGAACUUCAAGGUGCGGGAGCUAUCCGACGAGGAAGCCGUGGCCGCUAUCUACUUUCAACUGGAGGCUAAGAUAGUCGAUGGUGGCGAGGUGUUUGUAGCGGGGAACUGGCUCCCGAGCUGCAAAAUGUUCAAGAACGAGCACUUCCUCGCCGCAUUCGGCCUGAGUCCGGCCUUUCCCAAGGAAGCCUCCCUAGCCUUUCUCAAAGAGACCGACUCAGAGAUGGCCGAACGAUUGACCUCCGCUGCACUGAAGGCGGCUCGGAUUAGGGCCGAGAUGAAGGCCAACAAGAUUAACAAGCCUUCUAAGCCAAAAGAUCCUUCCAACCCUAAGCCGAGGAAGCGCAAGGAGCGCACUGAAGAGAGGGUGGAAAUGACGGAAAAGGCCUUGGCGAAGGCCCGAGCCGAGCAGGAGGCCUCGGCCAAGAAGGCAAGGCAAGAGCCUUCUGUUGAGGUGAACAGCCCCCGCCUGGCUUCUGGGGAUGAGGGGACACACAUUUCCCUUCACCCAGAGGAUUUCGAGCCGGUGCGAAGUCCGAGUCAUGUGCAGGGGACCUCGCACACCGAGCAGACCUUAUCCGAGGCGCCGGUCCCCUUUACUCAAAUGUCCAAAACGGACAAGAAAGAACGGAUUGCCAGUGCCUUGGAAAUACUGGUUACCCAAACCGACCGAGAUCAUAUCAACGCGGUGAAUGGGAGAAACGAAUCGAGCGAACUCUUUCGCUCCUGGAUGGAUUUUUCCAUCCGGAUGACCAAGGUAGCCGAGGACCGGCUCACACUGGUGCAGGAGGUUCAGAGCCUGAAGGAGGCGGCUCGGAAGCACUUCGACGAGGUCUACCAGGCCAAGGAAGCUAAGCGUCUGGCCGAGCUCCGCUUGGAGGAAGCCAACAAAAAAAUUGAUGAUGGCGAGGCGACCUGGAAGCAAGAGAGGGAGGACUGGCAGGUCGAAAGGACCAACCUUACUCUUGCCAAAGACAACGCUGAGUCCGCCAAAGCUACGGCCGAGACCAAGCAGGCUCAGGCCGAGAAGGACUUGGAAGAGGUCCGGCUCAAACUCUCCUCGGCCGAGGCUCAACUGAAGGAAGCCCAAGCGGCCGUUUCUCGUUCUCAGGCGGAAUGGUUCAACGCCUGGCAGAAGUCGGACGACUGUACCGAUUUCUGCGCCGACGUGGGCCAAUCUUCCUAAGAUGGGCGAGGACGAGGCGCUUGCUAGGCUUAAGGUAGCCUUUGCUGAUUCCUGUCCCGAGGCCGACUGGAAUUCAGUCUGGUCUCGCUACCAGGAGUUGGCCGAUGCCGACGCUGCGGAGAUUAAGGCCAAGCUGGAUGAAGAGAUGAGCUCGGACAGCGACUCUGGUGAUGAAGAAGAAGAAGAGGAUGCUGGUAGCACCGAGCCACCUCCCCCAGAGCAACCUGCCGCCGGUCCUUCUGCUUAGCUUUCUUAGGAUUUUUUUAGCUUUGGCCUUGUCGGCCUUUUAGCUUUUCUGCUUUCGACCCUAUGCUUUUGUAAACUUUUGGUUGUAUUUUACAACUUUUGAUCAAUUGGAAUACAACUACUAUUUUGCAACUCGUCAUUUGUCGCAUAUUUUUCGUUAUUUGCAGUAUUACAACAUUCAAUAGACAAUAAACUGGUUAAGUUUUGCUUGCCUUUUUGUUCAAAAUAAUUAGACUGGUUAAGUCUCUUUCAUUUCUGGGGUAUAAAACCGACUUGAUACAUGGACUGGUUAAGUCCGAGUUACAAUUUGAUUUGCUUGCUAAA